CUGUUACACACAUCAAGACUUACCGCCCAAGAGAUGGGGAACAAACCCCUCUGACUAUUAGCAGAAAAUACCAAGAACUCCAGAUCUGAUUUUGAGACACAGGAUGCAAACUGGAUAUACUCUCUUUUUUUUAAUCUUCCCCAUUAUCUUGGAGGGAUGCUGUGUGGGGAACCAUCAAAAGAAACAAACGGCAACUGCACCCGUAGGUCUUCAGCAGGAAACUACACAUUGGCAUUACAGAGCUGUGGAGGGGGAGAGCUUUAUGCUACCAUGCAAAGGGCACAUAAACUUGGUUUGUUGCAAGCCUGGAGACAGCUUGGAAGGAAAUGGAGCUCAAUCCUUCAACUGUGGGGCAGAGGUCUCAGUUGUGGCAAACCAUUCUGGGCAGUACACAUGUCUCACAUGGUCUCUGCUGUCCAGUGGCAGCAAGUUCUUCUUGUAUCUAAAGGUGGUUGCGAAGAUCAGUCUGGGAUGUUUCCAGCCCAAUGAGAGCAAAGUAGAGCUGGUCAGCGGUGUUGGUGGGAAUAUCUCCUGCCCGGGACACGAAUGUAGUAACAGCACAGAUGUCAGAUGGUUCAAGGGUAAGACACCUAUGUCUGAGCAGCGAAGAGCCUCCUGUGAAAAGAAUGGGCUGUUACAUCUCUGCAAAGUAAAAGACAACUACGAUAAAGGUGUCUUUUUCUGUGAUAGACAAAUAAUUGAGCACGGAGUCAUAUGGACCUUCAGGAGGGCUGUUGAAGUCACAGUUGUACCCUUCAAGAAAAUAACUAACAAGACAAAGAUAGAGAUUGUGUAUCCUGAGGCCAACAUGACAGUCAAAGUGGAGCUUGGUCGGUCUCACGAUCUGACCUGUAUUGUAUAUUUUCCUUAUGAGAAUGAGAGUUCAGCAAAGGUGCGAUGGUACGUAAAUUACAGUGACAACAUGAAAACUACGACUAUACUACACAAGGAGAAGCCACAAAAUAACCCGUGGUACAAGGUCACGGGGACAGCCAUCAUAAAAGAGGUGACUCUACAAGACUUGAACCACACAUAUACCUGCAUUGCCAGUAAUACCGUUGAGAACAAAAGUGUCACUAUCAAGCUCGAGGAGAAAAUUAAAGUAAAAUGGCCGUCACUGGUUGGGUAUCCCAUUGCGUCUUUGCUGGUGGUAGCUGGGCUGGGGAUCAUUUUUCAUGUGAAAUGGCUGGAACUACGGCUUAUCUACAGAUCCCACUUCCCACAUGGAAAACGUGGAGAUGAUGAGAAAGAGUUUGAUGUGUUUCUGUCAUAUGUGUGGACCCCUCGAUCACCAGAGGCGGAGGGAGGUUGGACGGUUCCCUCCCGAUCAGGAGCUGGCACUGAUGAGGAAGCACAUUUAUCCAUCAUGGACCCACUGAACACUGAGGAGGGUGAAGCCACCCAGAGACCACUAGAAGUGCUUCUACCACAGAUGUUAGAGGAACGGUGGGGGUAUCGCCUCUGUCUGCUGGAGAGGGACGUGCUUCCAGGAGGAGCAUAUACAAAUGAUGUGGUCCUUGCAAUACAGAGAAGCCAAAUGCUUAUCUGUCUCCUGUCAGCUGACUACCUCUGCAACAGCAAUGCUGUGUUUGUACUGGAAUCUGGAGUCCAGGCUUUGCUGCAAAACUCUGCCUUUAAGCUCCUGCUAAUUCAGACCAAUAGAGAGUCAGCAUCACUCAUCCAGCAGGACUCCCCACUGCCCACACUGGUUCAAAGAGCCUUGAAGGUGCUACCGAGUCUGAAUUGGACGUCAGGCAAACCUGCCAGAGCCACCCGCAACUUCUGGAAGUCUUUGAGAAAGGCAAUGCCCGAUCAGAGAGUGAAUCUGGUAUCACUGAUGCAGGACCAAUGAUAACACUGCAUUUUUUUUCCACGUGUCUAGCAUAUUUAUUGACUGUAUAAUAUAGAAAUGCAGCUUCGGUUAAUGCACUGUUAACUGAAACUGCUCAGCCAUGUGUCAAAGGAAAUCCCCAUGAUGAUAGUAAGUCAAAUCAUAACGUAUCAUAUUCAAAUGUAGGGAAAAAGUGAGUCACCCUUCAUACCAAAAAUAAACAUUCACUCACCCCUGUGAAACAAUCAAUCACUUAUCAACUCAAAAAUUUGAAUCAUAAAGGCAAUGACUACAAAAGAUAUAGGAUUUGUACAUGGAAGAACAUGUAAAAAAAAAAAAAGUUUUUAAAAAAUAGAC